GAAAAAGUUGCACAAGCUGCUUCGAAGUCAACAUCAAGGAGCGAGAAAGAAAUAGAGCAGUCGCCGUAUCACUAAGACGAUAAGGUUGAUGAAUAUCUUUAUUGUACUUGUAAUAUUUGCAUUUGCUUGGUUAUUUUCUGGCUAUAAUACAAAAAAUGACAUGCACUAAGUUCCUUUAGAUGUUGAGACUUCACUUCUAGUUCGAGAUUCCUGCUAUACUGAACUCCAGCCCUGUGCCCGAGGUACCAGGAGGAGAACGAAGCGAACAACAAACAGACGCGACCGGCACUGGAGAUUUGUAUCCGAAAACUGCAUAUCCGUCUUUUCCGACGGUAGUUCCUCCGCCGGCUCCUUGGUUCAACAUGGAGUCAGACACUGCUGGUCCCCCAGAAGCAGGCCCGCGUGCGGCAGACGUCUAUCCAUGGAAAGUUGCUGCUCCACAGCAACAUCUUCCUACCUCUGACACUGAGGAGUUCGACUGGCACGCGUACAGUUCCUACGCAGCAGCGGC